ACCGAGAAAAGCGCACUUUUAGAUCCACAGACGCAUCAUUUCUCACUACAGUGCGUCUCAUCCUUUGGCUACUGGUGACGAUUGAUAAAACUUACAAUGACUUCUAGAGCAGACCUUGUGGUGCAACCUGGAAGCGUCAAUCUUCUUUUUGGCUUAUUCCCAAUGAAAGUUUCAUUAGGUUCGACCUCGGGGUUAACUUAUUGAUCUGCUUUUAACAUGCAGCUGAUUUCGAUGUAAUUUUUUUUUCUUCCCUGCAUCGAUUUUACGCAGCCAGUUCCAUUCUGCUAAAUUUCGCUGUGGAAUGUAUUGCCGGUACUGUCAAAGCUUUCCAUUGGUUAUAGGGGGUCUAAUUUGUAGCGCUUGAAGACACGGGGAGGAGGAAAAAAAAAAAAAAAGGAGAGAGAUCAUUUCCAAUCCUCCACGGCGGGAGGGAAAAUUUGGACAGACAAACAGAAGAAGCCGGCGAGAAAGAAGAAGCAGCGGAAGAAAAGUAUAGGAAAAUCUCUGCAACCCCUGGAGUCUCAUCCAUUCAGCACCACUGGUACUGGACAGCGUCUGGUGACAAACAGGAGAUGCGUUCACGGACUGGAAAUAGGAGUGAUUUCCAACAUUUAUGAAUUAAUUCCGGCAUUUUGACAAACCCCCACACGUGUGUUGCUGUUUUUUGUGUGCGUGGAGGGGUUGGCAAGCCGCGUUCCAACAACAGGCGAGUCCAGAGCUUGACUGGAGCUGGAGCUGGCAAACAAAGACGCAGGAAGAAGAGGGUAAAAAAAAAAAAAAAAAAAACUGGACGGCGUCGAACAUUGCAGAAGUUCCUUUUUCCCACCACAGACUAACUUAAAAGAUCAGGAUUUAAAGGAACCUGCUGUGGAACCCACUGGGUCGUCUCCUGCUUUUCCGCCUGCUCGAAGGACCAAGAGGAGAGUUAAAUCACCCGAGUGAUUGUGGAAAAGCGGAGAAGAGAGGCUAACUUCCCACCUUUGUUCUUGCCAAUGCCUUAUGAAAACAUUCUCUGUGGACUCGGUCUCAGCUCACUCUGUACUGUUUAGUUACUGCAUGUAGCUGAAAUUCUCAGGUGCAGGAAGACAGUGAAACACAAAGACGGAAGAAGAAAGGGAAUGAGAUAAAGGGAGCAACACUGCAUAAUUAGCAUUACUGAGUUUGUGUCAAAGCUAGAAACCAUGAGAAGAGACUUCUGAAGACAACUACGCUGUGAAAAACAUUGCGGCUAACCUUCAGGACAUUUGUAUGCGUGAGUGGGUAUAUGUGUGCACACCUCUUUUCUUUUCAAAGGACUUGAGCUUGUAUUUGGAUGCCGAUUUAGCUUUUCAUUAUGACUCUGCGAGGAGGCUUUGUGCGACCGUGGACUGGCUGUCACAGAGGUGUUUGCUGCUGGGUGUUACUUCUGGCUUGUUAUUUCUUGCUUGCCUUGGCAGCCAAACCCAAAAUGCCAGGCCACACACACCUCAACUCAAUACGCAUCGAUGGGGACAUAUCUCUGGGUGGGCUGUUUCCAGUGCACGCCAGAGGGAAUGAUGGCAAAGCCUGUGGGGAGCUAAAAAAGGAGAAAGGGAUCCAUAGGCUGGAGGCCAUGUUAUUUGCCCUGGAUCGUAUCAAUAAUGACAAUGAGCUGCUGCCUAAUAUCACUUUAGGAGCACGCAUCCUGGACACCUGCUCCAGGGACACACAUGCACUGGAGCAGUCGCUGACAUUUGUCCAGGCAUUGAUUGAGAAAGACUCAACUGAUGUCAAGUGUCUCAGCGGAGGGCCGCCAAUCAUCACAAAGCCUGAGAGAGUGGUGGGAGUGAUUGGCGCUUCUGCCAGCUCCGUGUCAAUCAUGGUGGCAAACAUUUUGCGUCUCUUCAAGAUCCCUCAGGUGAGCUACGCCUCGACAGCUCCAGAGUUAAGUGACAACACUCGCUAUGACUUCUUCUCUCGGGUCGUGCCCCCAGACACCUACCAGGCCCAGGCCAUGGUGGACAUCGUCAAAGCCAUGCGAUGGAACUAUGUGUCCACAGUGGCUUCAGAGGGAAACUAUGGAGAAAGUGGCGUUGAUGCCUUUAUCCAAAAGUCUCGAGAGGAUGGUGGCCUGUGCAUUUCACAGUCAAUGAAAAUUCCCCGAGAGCCAAAACCUGAAGAGUUCAAUAAGAUCAUCCGCAGACUCAGUGAGAACCCCAACGCUCGAGUUGUCAUCAUCUUUGCCAAUGAGGACGACAUCAGGCGGCUUCUCCAAGCAGCUAAGAAGGCCAAUCAAACAGGCCAUUUCAUCUGGGUUGGUUCAGACAGCUGGGGCUCGAAAAUAUCUCCAAUUCUGAAUCAGGAGGAAAUGGCAGAAGGCGCAGUUACCAUCCUACCCAAACGCCAGUCCAUCAAAGGUUUUGACCGUUACUUCAUUAGCCGAACCCUUGAGAACAACCGAAGAAAUAUCUGGUUUGCAGAGUUCUGGGAAAAUAACUUCCAGUGCAAGCUCAGUCGACAUGCUGUGAAGAAAGGAUCUGGCAUCAAAAAAUGCACAAACCAUGAACGGAUCGGGAAGGAUUCAUCAUAUGAACAGGAGGGAAAGGUCCAGUUUGUGAUCGAUGCAGUUUACGCCAUGGCUCAUGCUCUACAUAACAUGCACAAAGAUCUUUGUCCUGGAAAGGUCGGCCUCUGCUCUAAGAUGGAAACCAUCAACGGCACUCUGCUGCUCAAGUACAUCCGCAAUGUUAACUUCACAGGAAUUGCUGGCACCCCGGUUGUCUUCAACGUGAAUGGAGACGCUCCUGGUCGCUACGAGAUCUACCAAUACCAGAUUGCAAACAGCACCAUGGAAUACAAGAUCAUCGGCCACUGGACGGAUCAGCUACACCUAGAUAUCAAUGAGAUGCAGUGGCCUGGUGGGACACAAGAAAUCCCCUCGUCGAUUUGCAGUCAACCCUGCCGUGCUGGUCAGCGCAAGAAGACAGUGAAAGGGAUUCCAUGCUGUUGGCACUGUGAGAACUGUGAUGGUUACCAGUAUCAGGCAGACACCUACACAUGCAAGAUGUGCCGUUUUGAUUUGCGGCCUAAUGAGAACCACACUGGCUGCAUUCCCAUCCCCAUUGUCAAGCUAGAGUGGAGCUCUCCAUGGGCAGUCAUUCCUGUCCUCAUUGCUGUCCUGGGCAUCAUGGCUACCCUGUUUGUGGUUGUCACCUUUGUACGCUACAAUGAUACACCCAUUGUUAAGGCAUCUGGUCGAGAACUGAGCUACGUCCUCCUGACCGGUAUCUUUCUGUGCUACGCUACAACUUUCCUCAUGAUCUCCACUCCUGAUGUAGUCGUUUGCUCUCUGCGGAGGAUUUUCCUGGGCCUGGGUAUGAGCAUAAGCUAUGCAGCACUGCUGACCAAGACCAAUCGGAUCUACAGAAUAUUUGAGCAGGGAAAGAUGUCGGUCAGUGCCCCUCGAUUCAUCUCCCCGGCGUCCCAGUUAGUCAUUACAUUCAGCCUGAUAUCAGUGCAGCUCCUCGGGGUGUGUAUCUGGUUUGGCGUUGACCCAUCUCAAGCCAUCAUUGACUAUGAGGACCAGCGUACAGCCAAUCCUGACAGGGCCCGCGGUGUUCUGAAAUGUGAUAUAUCAGACCUGUCCCUCAUCUGUCUCCUGGGGUAUAGCAUGCUGCUGAUGGUCACCUGCACAGUUUAUGCCAUCAAGACCAGAGGCGUUCCGGAGACAUUCAACGAGGCCAAGCCCAUCGGUUUCACCAUGUACACCACCUGCAUCGUAUGGCUCGCUUUCAUCCCUAUCUUCUUUGGGACUUCACAGUCAGCAGAAAAGAUGUACAUUCAGACCACAACCCUGACCAUCUCCGUAAGCCUUAGUGCAUCCGUCUCUCUGGGAAUGCUCUACAUGCCUAAGGUUUACGUGGUUCUCUUCCAUCCGGAGCAGAACGUACCCAAGCGCAAACGAAGCCUGAAGGCAGUGGUCACUGCAGCCACCAUGUCCAACAAGUUCAACCCUAAAGGCGGUCUGAGGCCCAACGGGGAGGCCAAGUCUGAACUCUGCGAAAGUCUUGAAACACAAGACUGUAUUGAGGGAGGGGAGCCUUGUGAGGGACUUUAGACUCUCAGUGUUGGCGUCCAAGCAGACAUACAUAAGCUACAGUAACCAUGCCAUCUAAGACAGAGAUGAACGCUGGAGCAUGGGCCUGUUUGAAGAGAUAUCAUCUUAUUCUGGGAACUACUGGGGAAAUACUGGAGGAUUUCCAAGCUGCAACAGAAGGUGGAAAGAUGGGUGGAAAGAUGGGAAUUGUCAGUUCAAGAACACAAAGGAUGUGUGUGUGGGUUUUUUUUUACUAGAGAAUGAGAUAAAGGCAUGCAUGCCAAAUUUGUGAGAUAUUAGUGGAUUAUAAGAGGGAGAUGAGUGAUUUAAGGCAGAGUGGACAGUUAAUUUUCCUCUUCCCACCCUAUCAGAGACAUGCGUAAGCAUUGAGCAGAGACAUUUCCAGAUGCAGGCUGAGCGAACCACCUUGAGCCUACAGUAUGUUUUCCUUCUGAAGUGUAUAGCACACAAUUUCAGUUCUCUCCGAGGCUGAAUCAUCUGUCUUAUUUCAACAAAAACAGGAAAAGGUGUUCUGUUUUUAGUAAAUGCAGUUGACAAAAUCAAACCGCAUAAAAUAUAGUCAUUAUUUUUGGUAUUAUUGGAGCUGAAAGCUGCAGUACUCUUCAAACUGUACAUGCCUUACUACAGUACAUUCAGUAUUCCUACAUAAAACUGAGCAUCCGAACACAAAACAAAGCAGUGGGUCAUCCCAGGUUUUUAUUUUAUUUAACGUUUCAUGAUACUGGUGAUGAUGCCAUCAUCUUGGCAAACCUAGUGUACAGUCCCAGAGCAUGCUUGUGGGAGCGUCACGUGUACUACUGUGUUGUGUUGUCAACGUCUAUGGAAUGCAACAUUCGUCAUUGUUGUCAUUCACAGUGGAAAUGUCAUUUUGGGCCAUUUCCCCACUGGGUUACCCUCUGCUGAAUAAAGAGACAUUUCAAGCACUAAAGGAGCCAAACUCAAAACACCUUUAUAGUUUACAUCACACUAAAACUGUCAGCGAGGACUUGGGGACUCGAGGAUACAUACUUUAAACAUCCCAGAUUAAUUGGCCCUUAUUUAUCAUGCACACUGCUGGAUAUGUUGCCAAAUGGGAUACACCUUCAUCCCAGCAUACAUCUGAUAAAUAAAAGCUGCUAAAACAAACCUGAAAAGAUCCAAUACUAUUUUUGUAGUGUAUUCUGAGUGCAGUUAAAGAGCCAGCAAGCCAGUUCCAUUGUAUGAGCAUUCAUGUGCUGAUGAUGAGGGGUUCAGUUAUUCACUGAUAAACCUGUGGUACUUCUGAUUUGUGUUUCUGUAUGGUUUUGUCUUUAUGCGCCCUACUGGCAAUAACAAUAAUAAUAAUAAUAAUAAUAAUAAUAAUAAUAAUAAUAAUAUAAAAAUCACUUUAGACUACUCUAAAAUUCUCUCCGUUUGAUACAAAUGUAUAAUCUGUUUAAAAUGUCAAACACAUUAUAUUGAUCCCUCUAUGGACAAUAUUAUAAAGCAGCUCACCUCUAAAGAACUGACUGAAUGGAACAGAGACAACGUUUCAUUUGUAGGUCAUAUAUUUGUACGCGUUGCUUGAUAAAUAAGGACCACUGCCUUCAUUCUGUGCCUCAUAACCAUCACCCUGCCAACAGUUCCAUGGAUCUCUCAUGGUGUUCGCUUUUCGUCUACGUUAACUUUAAAACAUGGUGUUAAAUUUCUUUCAGACGGAAAAAAAGCCUCAAUGUACAAUUUCCCCAUAGUGUUGAAACUCCAUUUCUGUCUCAAGUCACAGUAUUUGUCAGUAACUCUGGAAUUUGUCUCAAAUGUUAUCCUCAGCGAUGCAAAAAUCUGUAUGUUGCAUGUCAAAAAUUCAUAACAAGUCAUGUGACCAAUUUAAGAGAAAGGAGAAAUGUCCAGAAGGAAAACUACUGCAGAGAAUUAUAAAUACGUAACGUUUCAGUUGAUUCAAUAAUUCUCUCAACUCUCAGCUUCGACAAAAAGUCAAAGAUGUUGCCGCAAAUGUUUUUCCUCAUUUGAUAAAGUAUUGUUUGUGGGAUUGUUUGUGUUUGUGAAUAUGAUAUUUUUUAUUU